GUGCGGUAGCUGAAUUUCAGGCCUAAUUGAACAACAUUGAUUUGGGGGGAGGGGGGAAAUGGCUGUAUCUGAUAAGAAGUUAACCGGUAUGCACCCAUAGACAACGCAGAAGGGCGCACCGAUGUUGCGAAAUGGGUCAACAGUUUUGUAGGGGAUUGUUGCUUCCUGAGUCAGUACGUGACAAACGUGUGCGCCUUUUAAAUUAGGGUAUAUUUAACCCUUUCGGACUAGGGAUGGGGGAUUGUUUUGAAACAAUAAUAUCUUUUAUAAAAAAAAGCCCGUUCUACAGUAAUGAGCUUUUUGCGAAUGAAAAAGCCAUUAUAAGAAUACAAUCCAUUGAAAGACUGACACAAUAGCAUCACACUUGUUGUUCAAGAUCUCUAUACAAGAUAUAUAUACGUAUUCACUUCGAAUAUGACAUGAACUUGUAACACGACACAGCAAAAAAAAGGAAAAAGAUGAGUACAAAUAUGAAUAAAUAAGUGAUAUAGCUAUGAUAUGGACUACCUUGAUGACAAUGUGACUAUUAGACACAAUAAUCCCCACCCCACCCCCUUAUUUAUUAGACACAAUAAUCCCACCCCACCCCCUUAUAUAUUAGACACAAUAAUCCCACCCCACCCCCAGUAUAUAUUAGACACCAUAAUCCCCACCCCACCCCCUUAUAUAUUAGACACCAUAAUCCCCACCCCACCCCCUUGUAUUUAGAGACCAAAAUCUCCACCCCACCACACCCUCUUAUAUUAGACACCAUACCUCCCUCGCUUCUGCUCUAAACUCUCCCACAUUUUUAACUCGAUAUCCCUCCUCCUCUUCUUGUCUCGCCUCAUGUGCGCCUCAUGUGGGAUUCGGUUUACCUCUAGCUGCAACUGUGUUCAAUUACAGGUUCAAUCGAUGACGUGGUGUGGAAUACCAAUCAAACUUGAUCCAGGUCCUUAUAUUCCAUUUACUUAUACUCAGUAGAUAUUCCAUUUGAUUAGAAGGGUGCGUUUUGUCAUCUGGUCAAAAGGAGCUUCUUUACUUUUUGUUCGGUUAGACACUCGAAAGAAAAAAGGAUAUGAUUACGAUCUGUUUUAAAAAGAAGUGGUUUGAUAUCAAACGUUUUCUUAUCAUUUAAUUAAGUAGUAUUUUAAGAAGACGUUUAAGACGCAAAUCGUUAUUUUUAAUAAAGAGUUUUGCCCAUAAAGUACUUUUAAAACGUAAAACGUAAAAUAACCCUUUUGGAAAAUAAAGGACUUGGUUGGAAAAUAUUUACUCAAACAUCAUUCCAGCAUGGGUUCUUAACCUUCACGAGUCAUCAAAAGGCUCACAGUGGGGUCGUUUAUUCUUUAAAACGUCUGCUAUGUGCGAAGUCCUCUUUGUAAUAUUUCUUAUGAAUUAGUAAUGACUUACUCGACAAUCGUACGACCAUCAUUUCAACGAAGUUGUUAAACUAUGCGACCUUGGUGUAAUUUCAUUAAGCUGUGGCUGUGAAAAAGAUUUCUCAGUAGUGAUUCGUCAACCCCAGGGCGCCCCGGUUGCUCGGCCAAGUGAUAUUUUGUGUGAUUAGCUAUAUAUAGAGCUAUAGGCGAAUCCCUUGCGUUCCAGUCAUUCUGGGUCAAAAGACAACACAAUUGCAGACAACUCCACCUUUGGAGUUAUCUAAAAGUACGGUUUCAGUAGUUAACGGCGGAUAUAGUAAAGUGAAAGCAUCACCUAUAUAGGUAUGUUGAAAUUUGAAGGUUUUGCGUUUUUUUACUACUUUUGUUAUGCUAAGCUACUUUAAAACUUUUGUUAUACAUUGAUUAUGCAAAAAACAGAAUUACCGGAAAUAGGUGGAUAUAUAACCGUUCAGUCACAGUAUAUUAACUUAUUAACCAUCUAGUCUUCAAACUUGAAAAAUAUCUAAUAAUGUUUUCGUUUUACCUGUGUCUUCGAUUUGCUACUAAAAUAAGAAAAAAGUAUAUUUAAUCGAAUAACUAUACCUACUAAUCAUAUUCUAGCAGGAAACGACGGGUCAGUUUUAUCUGAAAGUGUACGGAAUUUUAUUUAUAUUUUUUUAGCUUUUUAAUGUAGUUUUAUAAUGAAUGCAUUGCCACAGUCGCCUCAAAGAGCUCUCUAAGGAAGAUUCCUGAUCACUGCUGAUCAACAAUACUGUUUUGCGGACUCUCAUUAGAGUAAUUCGCCCUAAAGAUCUAUAACGGCGGAAGAUCGAAAGAUCGUUAGUUUUUUGGAGCUCUUCUUCAAACAUUGUACGAUCUGUGAUCAUUGGUAACGUUUUUUAGACAAGUUGUAAAUCUGCAAUCUUCUUUGUGUCCGUCCAUUAUUAACUUAGUGAGCAAAGAAGUAUUUUUUGUGUGGUUUCGUUAGAAGAUUAUCUCGUCUGUGCAAGGGUGUCAUUGUAACAGUAUUGAAAGACAUCAGCUGUUCCGAAAUAUAAUUGCGUAUCUUUUGAAAGUGUCAAUGCACUACCAGAACGUGUUGGUGACAUAAAUCAACCUGUGUGCACCAUUAUAACGGGCAUUUGCCCCAAUAAAACAAGAUACGCCUGUUUGAAAGGACACUCCUUCUCAAACCAUGAGAGGGAAAACACCAGGGUUCAUCUAAAGUUCGUUUUUGUACUCACGAAAUUCAUUGUAUUUGGUUAUGACCCCCGAGUGGCGAUUAUGAUCAUUAUUAUACUCGGGUAAAAGUUGCGGUCUUUUUCACUUCAACAACAGCGUUCUCUUUAGCUUGGACAUAAUUGAUGGUGCUACAGAUAUUCUGAAAUAACCACUUUACAAGUCUCUGCCUUCUUUUCAGUUAGCAACAAAUUUAACAUUGUUAGCACUUUUUAUUUUUAUUUAUUUUCUAAGUUACCAGGUAAAUCCACUUCAGCAACAAGUUCAAAUGUACCAUUUUAGUGAUAAUGGCUUACCGAGUCGAACACCAUUUGUUUGUAUCCAAAUUAGUAGUGAAAAUAAUACCCACUGAUUGGCAGAAUCGAACACAAUGUUGAUAAGUGCGCUGUGUUGAGUCUGUAAUAAAUAAUAAACGAGUUAAGUAGAACGGCAUCUUCUGUGUCGGCACUCACCUCAGCUCUUAGGCUAUUUAUGUGGUUCGCUUUCCAUCCCUCGCGAUGCAAGAAAAUUUAGGCUUGAAAGCAAAUGUUCUUCUAAGAGUUUGAGUCGCCGGUAGCGCAAGACGUAGCAGAUGUUCUAAGUAUAAACCAACCAUGCGAUUGCAAACCAGCCAGAUACUCGUCCAAAAAGAUCACACGAAAACCUCACAGAAAUGAGAGGGGUGCUGGGGAACUAUAUUGAACUCGCCCAGCAAUUUGUUUACUUGGUAGUUUUUGCCUUUCAGCAUUCCAACUGUACCAUCUUCCCUUUCCCUACAUGGGGCUCGCCGUAUCAGACCGCAGACCACUUUUGGCCAUACCAGAACAUCUCAGAUGGCGGCUUCCUGGAAGAUGUCCAGGGAUCAGCUCACACGGUGGUGUAUAACGGUGGAAAAAUAAACAAGAUACAGCAGCUUGGGACUUCACUUUUCCUCGAUGGCAAGGAUGAUUGGGUGGAUAUCGGCGGGUUUCAAAAGUGCAGCUCUCUACGAGAAUUACGAACCUAUGGCUGUGGCUUCAAUGCGGAUUGUGUUACCGACCCAGCCCGAUGUGUUGACGGAUUUACGAUCGGCUUUUGGCUGAGAGUGUAUGAAGCAGGGUAUAUUAUGUCGUCCGGGGCUUUUACAAACUCUAAAAGAGGGCCGGGUUUCCAACUCAUCUACGAUUCUAACAUCGAAGGGUUUGAGUUUGUAUUGGAGACGACAAAAAAGCAAUGGCGCUUGUACGUGCACGGUCAGUUGCGCGAAUGGACGCACAUGAUAUUCACGUGGCGCGAAGCUUACGGCAUUGAAUAUUACGAAGAUGGUAACCUCAGCACAAAGGCAAACAAACCCUUCCACUUAGCAGCGCGGCCACCAAAGCGAUACACUCCAGUUAUCACACUAGGGAGACCUAACAAUGUGUUCGAGGUGCGCAAAUUUGGUCACUUUGAAAUCGCGCAGUUUGCGAUCUGGAUGCGUCCCUUGUCUCUCGGGGACUCGGCAGGGGUGUACCUGGCGGGCGUGGUUUAUGAUCAGAACACUGCGGUAUGCUGUUACUUCAAGUCCGUUGGACUGUGUGCAGUUAAUCCAUGCUACGACUCCCAGCAAUGCAAACGUAUCGAAGCUACGCACAAGUGCCUUUGUCCUCGAGUCAACCUGCAACGGAAAACAUGCGAAGAGAAAAUCGAAGGCUAUUGCGCUGACAAGUCCAGCAGCUGCAACCUCUUCUCUCGUCAGGAGAAGUACUGCGAGCAUCGAUCCAUGCGAGACCUCUGCCCGCGCUCUUGUGAUUACUGCGCCCCAGGAUCUGUCGCUGUUACCACGACACUCACCCCACAUGGAAAGACACCACCAUACGGGAAGUUUUCCUCUCCACACCACCCCUCGUCGUCAGGUUACAGUCAUAUGCCUGCCACUCUGUUCCCUAACUUGGAGCCUGCAUCGCCAAAGCCAUCCACCACCAGCUCCUCAAUAGCAGGCGCAACUACUAGCAUGCCUGGCUAUAAUGUUAGACCUUCGAACAGCCUAUCACCUUAUGGGAACUUCAGUGCAAGGCGGAUGCCUAGAGGAUCUGACUGCGAGGCAAUUGACUGCAGUUAUUACUCAACCUGCAAAGUUCAUGCAGAUGAGGGUUACGCCCAGUGCCACUGUAAACAGGACUGCCCUCUGGACUAUGAGCCUGUAUGCGGGACCAACAGCAAGACUUACCUCAACAGCUGCGUACUGCAAGCAGAAUCAUGCUACAUAGGGCGAUGGAUUCGAGUCGCUAAGAAAGGGCCUUGUGGGUCACGAUAUCCGAACGCUGUCCACUACUGGCCCUUCAACUCGACCACACCCUCUAGAACAUUACUGGACGUUCGCGGCAAUUGCAAGACUUUGACAUACAACGGAGUGCGCACCACGUAUGCGGAGCAGUUGGGCCCCGUGUUGUCACUGGACGGAGUAGAUGACUGGAUAUUGAUUAGCGGUUUGAAGAGCAAGUGCAUUAAUGACCCGACGCUGUGCGAUGACGGACUGACUGUCGCGUUCUGGAUCAAGUACCAUGCAGGCGAAUUUAUUUUAUCUGGCGGUCGAUACACGGACCAUCAACGAGGACCUGGCUUCCAGUUCCUAUGUCUAAAUUGCCACAAAGACCCUAAAAAGAACAAACCUAAGAACUUUGUACUAAAUCUCUCCACCCAGACCAAAGACUGGAAGAUCACGCUCGACUUCCUGCCAAAAGCAUGGUUUCAUUUUGUCUUUAGCUGGCAUAUUGACAAUGGUCUAAAAGUCUAUCGAAAUGGGAAACUAGUAGUAACAGACAAGAGUGCGGCAGAGGUCACCUUCCCGCCUCUCAAGCCACGUUACGAGAUAAUCACACUAGGGCGACCGAACAGUCUGACCAAGCUGCAUAACUAUGCAAAGAUUGACAUUGGUCACUUGGUGAUAUGGACGUAUGAACUGUCUCACUACGAGGUAGAGGUCUCAUUCCUUACAGUUCUCGCAAAGACAACAAAGUCCCUCAUCUGUUGCCACUUUAAGAAAGCGGAUCCCUGCGUGACCAACCCAUGUCACGAUGGCGCCACGUGCCGCUCAUUAGAUGAGAAGUUCGAGUGUAUAUGUCCUGACAUUACACCUGGCCCCUGCGAGGAAAAGCGUACGAUCAGCCCAUGUCAGGAUACUCUUGAGAACUGCUCCGUGUACGCCGCCCAGUCAGGCUACUGUCAGUUCCACCGUCGCUACAUGGAGUCAGUCUGUCCCUUGUCUUGUGGCUUCUGUAGGGAUGGGGAGAGCGAGAGCCAAGUACUGGAUUCCACAAGUGCGCCUUACACGACGCCGUGCUCUACCGAGACCCUGCUCACGUCGACUGCAAGCGCCACUCACGGGGACGGAAUCAUUUUGAUCCAAAAGGGAGGCUCAUGGUCCAAUAUGGAAACCAAUCAAAUACCGUCGGAACUUGGGAACCUGAAAAGCCAAGACCCAUGGAAUACAGGAUCACUUAAAUCAGCUAUUGGUGUUGACUCCAAGCCGUCACAAUCCUUCAAUCCAGAGACCCCUUUUUCAAAGAAUGAAAUGACACCAUGGCGUCAGGGGUCUAGUGGACUUCGUCCCUCUUCAAAAACAAUCCGGGAUAGAACCCUUUCUCGUCUACCGACGCUGCGACCUUCGCCAAAGAUCGACGUCACGAAAACAUCGCGGACCCCAUCGCCACUUCUCUCAGCUACACCUUGUAAAACUAUCACGCAAUCCUUUUCGAAUGUUGCAUUCUCUCCUUCCACAGGUACCCCGAGCAUGUCAGUUGUGCCGAGUAAGAUCCAGGGUCAGCGUGUACCCACCUUGCCGCCAGCUGAGCCUUACGCUUGUUCUACGGGCGGCGUCAAGUGCGUGUGCUAUAACUGCGCCUCAGAUACUAGCGGACUGCCGUGCUGCACCAAGUUACUUGACCCUCGUGCUUUACAAGAAGGAGUCGCCCUCACAAUUGACUCAAUUAGUAUUAGAGAGUUCUUGGUGAUCGAGCCAAAGAUAAAGCAAGUCACACAGAAAGUGCUAGCGGAUGCUUGUAGAACAAUUGAUUGCUUUUCAAUGUCAAAGUCACUAAAGAGAAGACGCCGGGAAGCGGACAGCGGGGAAUUAAGUCCAAGUACACCGGGACAUGUUAUCAAAAUUGUUAAAACUUUCGAGCCAACGGUAAGACCGGACAGCGUAAAUCCUUCAGCCCCAUCUUCCACAGGGAGUUCUAAGUCUCAGAUAGACGUCAGUGUGGUGAUGUUUAGUAUUUCGCCAGAUGCGCCUGCGCAUAGCAAAGGCGGGUUGACCGCUGCAUUUUACGCAACUGUGACGUCCCACAUGGGAGCGAGCAACCGUACUAAAGUCCUUAACGGAGUCGUGUUGGCUGACCUCAUGCGCGAGAAGCGAGAGGUGCUCAACAAGCAACUUAACAUUUCCAUUGGGGUGAUUGCAGCCUGGGACUCUAAAGGAGGAACUAGUUCGAGUAUAUGGGAUGUGUCAUCCACACCAAGAAGCCCAACUCGGACCCCAGGGGGAGACCCUAACGUAGGAGGGAGGUCUGGUGCAGAGGACGGAGUGCGCAUGUCACACACCACUUUUAUCAUCAUCCUUGUGACGGGUAUCAGUGGCUUCCUUGUGCUAGCGAUCGUCGUUACCUUUAUACUUGUACGAUUCCUAAGGAGAAUGAAGGGUGAAUUUGUACCUGAUAGAGUCUAUCCUAACGGCCAAAAGGCGCCAAGUGGCGAGGAUCAGCUCAUCCCUUCCUUUGUUGACCCCUCCACUCCACGUAUCACCGACGUACCCAAAAAGCCGUCCAAGUCCUCUGGGGGAGGAGGAGGGGGCGGAGGAGGAGGCGGAGGGGGUGGGGCUGCUAAGAAGAAAAAGCCAAUGGGAGUCAAAGUGACGUACAAGCCACCAAAGUGGGAUUAGGUUUUGAGCCAUCUGAUCUUAAUUGGCAAGUGGCGAAAAGGUGUUGGCUACGACUUCCGAACGUUCUCCUGUGUACACUAACUCAGACAAUGAAUUCACCGACGGGAGGAUAUUACGUGAAGUUGGCUUUGCUGAUCUAAUCUAUAUGAAACUUUCCAUAAUAAGGAUACGUGAUGGAAAAAGCGAAGAUGAUUUCCGUAGUGAGGAUAGGUUAUGGAAAAAGCGAAGAUAAUUUCUGUAGCUCUCACUGAUGGGAACUCGCCAUUAACUGAUUACAGCAAAAUAGAAUAUAAUUUAAGGGGUGACCAUGUCACGUGACCUUGUCACGUGACCAUGAUCUGUACGCUAAUACGCGUAUGGCGUAUCUGAUCUGCGAACGCAUUAAAACAAAAAGUUUAAGAGGAUAUGUAGGUAAAUAUUUUAAAGUUGUAGGCCUUUUGCGGUAAUUGGCUUACCUAUGGAAAAAUCCUAGUUACGCCCUGGGGAAAUCUACUUCAAAGUGAAAUUUGGCGAACAAGAUUAUAGAAAAUGCCACGUCGUUUUAAGAUUUUUAUUACCCGACACGGAAAGAGCUUUAAAAGUGCUCUCAGAUUUUAAUGACAACGUAUAUUAGUAGCCAGUAGCAAAUAGACGUCUGCAUGCGUAAAAGAGCUCAGCAAGUCAAGUUAGAGACCGAUUCCCGACCAUGUGGGAACGCGCUGGCGCAGCGUCUAUAUUAUAAAGAUCAGUGGAUGACGUCAUACCCAGUGUCAAAAUGUCAAUUGCCAUGUGUGUCGUCAGACAAAGUCAUGUGACAUGUCAUGUGUUGAUCGUAUUCUUUGACUUAAUACCGAGCUUUUGAAGCUUUGAAGUCAUACGCAGCUGCCAUUACAUUCGCCAUGUACGACGUCGUACGAAGUAAAUGUGACAUUCUCCGUGUAUGACUAAAUAAGAAGUAUAUAUGAAAUUAUGUAUGACGACAUACGAUGUAUGUGACAUUCACCGUGUAUGACGCCAUGCUAAGUAAAUGUGACAUUCUCCAUGUAUGACGUCAUACUAAGUAAAUGUGACAUUCUCCAUGCAUGACGUCAUACGAGGAAUAUGUGGUAUUCUCCGUGUAUGACGUCAUACAAAGUGUCUGUAACACUCGCCGUGUAUGACGUCAUACAAAGUGUCUGUAACACUCGCCGUGUAUGACGUCAUACAAUGUGUCUGUUACACUCGCCGUGUAUGACGUCAUACAAAGUGUCUGUAACACUCGCCGUGUAUAACGUCAUACAAAGUGUCUGUAACACUCGCCGUGUAUGACGUCAUACAAUGUGUCUGUAACACUCGCCGUGUAUGACGUCAUACAAAGUGUCUGUAACACUUGCCGUGUAUGACGUCAUACAAAGUGUCUGUAACACUCGCCGUGUAUGACGUCAUACAAUGUGUCUGUAACACUCGCCGUGUAUGACGUCAUACAAAGUGUCUGUAACACUCGCCGUGUAAGACGUCAUACAAAGUGUCUGUAACACUCGCCGUGCAUACAGUCGAUUGACAAAACGUUGUCGUCAACCGGCUUCGCGACCAAGCCUGAAUAUAUGCGGUGGCUAUAUAGCUAGGCGCUUCAGUGGUUUUUACUCAUGCUUGCAUGCGGGCUUGUCGCGUAGUCGCGAAGCCGGUUGACGGCAACGUUUUGUCAAUCGACGGUAACUUAGGCAAAGCCAUACGGAGCGUGUAGUAAAGCGCGCUUUAUAGAGAUAAUGUCGAGAUAUGCAUUAGCCUCGCUUAGCGCCUUGUGCUAUGUUGACCAUACCAUGCAUAGCUCCAACUACCAUGCACCCUGCAAGAUGGUUCCUAUGGUAGGAAGAAACAAAGGGCUCCUAACCAAUAAUCGACAUUACCCUAGAAUAAAGACAGCACUACAACACUGGCCUGAGGGUUUGUGUCCUGUGAGAUGCUAUUUAUUUAUUCCCCACCCGCUUUAUGCCUAAGCGAACUGUUUUAUACGAAAUUAGUUUACUACCACUAACAAAUUAUGAGUAUGAUCGACGCUUUGUGAAUAAAGUGGUCAUUGCAA